GUGGCGUUUUCUAACGUACGUAUGACAUACCACAAAGUACAUCGGAUGUUCAAGUGAGAGUUUAUCAGGCUGCGGAAGUCCGCUCUUGAUGUCGCUAUGACAGGACUUUUCACUUCUCUGAAAAGUUAGCUGCUUGAUGAUGUUUCAAAGUGAGUCGAUAACUCAAAAAGGAUCCACAUGUGCUGACUGAUAUUUUUGAUGGCCAGUUACAGGAAACUUGGAUCUGCUACGUCUGGCCUUGCAGACUGGAUGGCCCUUUUACCUACACCCUUGAUAUCGAAUCCACUCACUUCUCUGGCAAUUCCAGGUUCCAGUGCAUCAUUCAGUUGUACGGCGACACCUUUUCACGACAUUUCUCCUGAUAACUGUCUAUUGGUAAGGGCCCUUGGACAUUUGUCUUGCUGUGUGGGAAAGGAAGGAAUAUGUCGGUGGAGUCGGACUCAAGAUCUGUCCGUGGAACAACAGCUUACAAAGGGUGUGCGUUACUUCGAUGUCCAAGUCGCAGCUCGAACCAGAACAGGAGAUUUCCAUAUUGUCUGUGGUUUGUAUGGCGACGAACUGAGCUCAUGCAUGAAGGAAAUAAAACUGUUUCUGGAUUCACACGAGAAGGAAGUUAUUAUAAUUGAUAUUAAUAAAUUUUAUAACAUGAAUGACAUUUUGCACAUGAAGUUGUUGUCGAUUAUCACUCAUUGCUUUGAUGAUAAGCUGUGUCCGUACGAUAAAGAUUGUGACGUCACUUUGGGUUCCUUAUGGAAUCGAGGUCAACAGGUCAUUGUGAUAUAUCAUAAUGAUAUCGUUUACGAGUACGAGAAUUUUUGGCCAGGUGACUCGAUAGUUUAUCAACCAAAAUUAGUGCCAAACACUCCGACAGAUCUGAUUCUCCAACUGGACAUGAUAUCCAAAGACGAUCCAGGAGAGAGGCCUGGAAUUGGCCAAGAAAAGAAACUGUUCAAAUGUUGUAGGGGAACCAUCUCCUUGUCAAAACGGAAAUGUCUCUCGCGAUUGUCAAGUUCGAGGAAGCGGGAAAUGUCUAUUGCAGUAGCACCACUACUCGCUUCUUGGUUGAAAAAUAGAUCCCGAGCUAAUCUGAAUGUAAUUACUACAGAUUUUGUUCAUUUAUCAAACUUUGUACGAUACGUUGUCAACUUAAAUAUAACAACAACAGAAACUGCUGUCAUACCCACAUCAUUUGCCAAUGGAAGAAUAUGAUCUAUACCAAUCAAUGGUCAAUCCUAAUCAUAAAUGCAAUACUUGUUUAAUUAACAAGUGUUUAUUUUUUAAUGUUUUAAUAUCCAUGCCAUUUACCGACUUUUAUUCGAAUUAUUAAUAUUAAAAUAUAGGUUUACCAUUACAUUUCUGUAUACGGUAUUUACUUUUAUUUUCAAGUGAACAUUGUCAACAUCCAAUAUUCGGCAUAGCUGUGAAACCUGAAAAAAAUAUUGUGAAUAACUCAACUGGCCCUGAACAAGGACUAAAUAAAUUUGAACUAUGAAAACAAUA